AUGCCUAUGUUAAUACAUGAAUCACUGGCCCUGGCCAACUGGUUCAUGCACGAGAUGCACCGGUGGAUAGAUACUCAUAUAUACUCUGAGCUCGGCAUCUCCAAGGCCAUGACUAUUGCGCACCAGGUAUCACGAUUCUAUUUCCUAUUGAUAUUCUAUAGCACUAAUAGGCUCUUGGCGAUUAGAAACACCAAGUUGAACUUUGUAGAACUCAAUGCGGCAGUCACAAAAGUUCUUGACUUUGCAAGUAUACCUUAGUCAAAUGGCAUACAGGGGCAUUUCCGUCGAUCAUUUUAGAAUCAGGUUGGUCAGAAUCUGUACAAAAAAUGCUUUAAGAUUACUGGAUCUGGCAUGAGGAGGCAGCCAGUGUGAUAUGGGUUGUCCUGUUACUGAAGUUCUCAGAACCCACAGUUACAAAUAAGGUAGAGGUGGUUUUGAUCUUAAGCCAGAAACUUCUGGCUGCAGCAACAAUGUGA